GCGAAAAAAAUGUGUUAGAAAAAUAGCUGGGGGACCAAACAGACAAAUCCAUUAGCCUGGCUAUUUCUGUAAAGAUACAUUUAGUUCGUUAUAGAAAAUAUUUAUCUGACAGAAAUACAUGGGGGUGGCACAUUGGGGUGGUUUAAAUUAGUUUUCAAUGCAUUAAUAAGCCUACAGUCAUAAUAUUAAGUGUAAUCUGUACAGCUCUCGGAUUGUAUCAGAUAAAUAUAACAUAUUCCAAUAUUUUGUGUAGUUUUAAUUUAGAAUCCACUUGCAUCACGCGCAUAAACCUUUUCAGUACCAUGGACAAGUCCCUCUGCGCCCUCUGCACGUUUCCCGUCUGCUCUGCCUCGCUAAGAUGUUAAACCAUGCAUAAAGGCAUCACGACAACGGUUCAUCAUUUCUAGACUAGUUUAUUCAGAGUACAGAUUCAUGGUACAUGGAGCAGCUUUACACCUUGACGAAUCACUUAGUUAUAACUUCCAUAAUUGGUUGUUUUUAGUAAGUAAAUGUGUUGGUUUUUUGCGGUGCGUUCUGUUGUUUUAGUUUCACUGGAGGCAUACCAACACCGUGUGAAACUAACUGCUUUUGCCUUGCGGACUUAAUUAAGGAUAAUGUGACAGGUUGAGGUAGGCUAACUUAAGCAUAAUAAGCUGUCCCUCAAAACACUAGCCUUUACAUCAAACGGAGUCGCCUCAUUUACAAGCAGUUUAUGCACUUGCACUGACGUCAAUGGAAUGGUCUUGGAUGUAUAUAACCCUUAAGAAAGAGGCGUUCUCCAAUCGCCAUUUAUCGGGGCUUUUCGGACCGGGGUCUCAAUUGACACUUUUCUAGCCGGUGUGCAACUUUUUCGGCAUCAGGAGACAAAGUACCGGGCACCGUUUUGUUCGUCUGUCCAGCACUAUGAAGCCUGUUCCCCUGAUCCUGCUCCUUGCCACUGUUCUCCUCAGCUCUCACAUCCCCCACAGUGUCUGUAGACCACGGGACCUGGCAAUGUUCGACGGCCAUGGCUACAAGAGUCAGCUGGACGAGGUGUUGCUGAAGGCAGGCGAUAACGCAGUUUCCUACCUUAUAGGUGAAAAGAUACUGAGGUAUUUGCAAAGAAAUCCCCGGUUGCAGGCAGGUCUCCAUCCACAGUUUCCCUUUGAGGUGACGCCCCUGGGCUCGAGGGGUCUUGGUCACCUGGCGCGCAGUUUGCCGCCCUUGGAGGAGCAGCGCGCACUUGAGGAGGGCAACAGCCUGGAAGACCUCGUAGAGAUGACCAAGAGAAACAAUGACCCCCCAAUCUCCAUCGACCUCACUUUCCACCUUCUGAGAAAUAUGAUCGAAAUGGCGAGGAUCGAGAGUCAGAAGGAGCAAGCGGAGUUAAACCGCAAGUAUCUAGAUGAAGUUGGAAAGUGAUACAGCAAGUGUCGUCAACAAGGGAGAAAACAUCAAGAUAAAACAACUCACAGAAAACAACAAAGCCCCUGGCACUCUCAGACCUACGAAUUAGUUUAGCUUUUUCUUUGUAUUUAACCGUUGGUUUCUCUGCCAUUCGUCAUCAUAAGACACUACCUGUGCAUAAAAAUAACUUCCCCCACCUGUCCAAAAAGCCUUUAAAAAUCAACGGCUAUAAAUGAUUGACUGCCAAGACCCCAUCUACAAGGGAAUCAUAAUGUGGCGCCUUGACAACUAUUCCCAGAGAUAUGGCAUAGUGUGAAUACUCCGGAUCUCACACCUCUGUUGUGUAUUCUCACCUUUGGAUGUCCGGAGCAUUGUAGUUGGCCUACAACAAUAAUAUUGCCAGAAUCAAAUUGGGUUACAAGUUGCCCUCAUGUGGAAUAAGUGCAACAUGUUUUGUUAGUUGUAGCCUAAAUGGUUCGUACUAGCUAAAUAACAAAGACAGGUAGGCUAAUCAUUGUUUCCAGCAAUAAAUGUUAUAGGCCUUUUAUAACACAUUGGAGGAAAAUAAUGCUGUGUAAAUUGAUAUUGGCUACCAAUAUGUGAUCUUUCAAUGGUCAGUUGUGUGACUCAUUUUGUUGAUGACUUUAAGGGACAACGAUCGUCAAUAUAGGUACAUUGAGUCCUUUUCCUGAGAUUUAUUUUUGUUCAAUAACUGAAAAAGAUGGAAUAACAUUGAACACCGGCAUAGAUUAAAACUAAUCAGGUAAAGCACUCAAGUAAUAUUGUCAUUUCAUUACUGUAUUUACUGUAUGCCAAUUGUUUAAUUUAUGGUGAUUAUCGAUUUGCCCUUGGUUUGUUAGCUCACUUGGCAGGCAGCCAUCUAGCCAGCAGAAGAAGCCUUUUCACAUUGUUUCAGGUAUGUGGUCUGGCAUUGCCCGAAGGUUUCUGUGAUACAACUAAUCUCCAUUCUAAUCUGAGACAAAGUGAACAUAUCCUACACUUAACACCACUUCCACUCUCUGUAUUAUCUUUCCAUCCAAGCAAGUACACUAUCCUCUAUACUGUACCUAGCAUGCUGACGUUAAACAAACAACUAAGAAAAAAAUGUAAGGGUUCAUUUUAUGUUCACUGUUUUGUCAAAGCCCUAAUCAUGGACAUAUUGUAUGAUCACAUGGUUUAGCAGUAAAGAAAAGCUUUUUUGCCCUUUAUAUUUUUUAAUAAAAAAGUUCUGAAAAAUGUCAGUUGAGUGUGUCAUAGUCUCUUACAGUAGUGAAUGUAAUAAAGGAAACUAUUCUGCUGAAUAAACUACCAAAAUAAUUUAUUCCUACAUCUGUAAACAGAUGCUGCUGAAGAUCCUCUUCCCUAUUGAAAUUCAAAUAAACUCCUUGCAUAGUUACUUAAACUCUCGCUAAACACUCAUUGCAAAACCCCUAUGGCCAAAUAUCUAACCUCCAUGGCCAAACACUCAUUGCAGUUAUCGCCUUUAACUCUCAUUAAAUUGAACUUUACAGCAGUUGCCUCUCUUCUUUUUAAAAGCAUAACGUGUGGAAGCCAACAUAAUGGUGUGAUGGUUGGUGAGAGUCUCUGCGAACUUGUGCGAGCUCAUCAAAAUGCCACCCAGCCUGGUGUUUCUAUGACUCAGACAGUCAGUAUGGUGGUGGAUCUGCUGCCUUGUUCCUCUCUUUGUUAACACCAUAGAUACAUUCAAUGACUAAUUCUUAACACCACCUCAAAUCCCACUGGAGAUCAAAGCAGCAGCUGUAGCUCAAGAUCAGGGUUGGUAACACAAACAUUUGCUCAAAAAAGGAGAGGGGGUAUAUCAUAAUGAGAUUUUUAUAUAUAUAUAUAUAUAUAUAUAUAUAUACCAUUUUGUAAGCUGAGGCUAAAAUGUGCAUAUACUAUACAGUCAGAUCAUUAAAUUUUGUCAUCAUACACUUUCAUGAUUAGUCUUUAAGCUGCUUCGGUCUCUACAAUAUUAUUCAUACUUGUGGAACUUGUUAAGGUUGUUGUAAGAUGAAGAGGUAGUCAACAUGUCCUGUUUCACACAUGUACAAGGGAAUUAGAUGUUUUGUUGUUGUUGCAUAUCCCACUCCCCCUGAGAACCUGGGAGAGUGGGUCACAGCCAGAGAUCAGCCAUUAUUGACAGCGACGUGGAGCUAUUAGGGUUAUGUCUUGCUCAAGGGCAGAUAGACAGAUUUCACCUAGUUGGCUCAGGGAUUCGAACAUGCAACCUUUCGGUUAAAGCUCUAGUAGGAGUGUGAGGUGAGAUAAAAACAUGACACAACAAUGUAUUCGUCCUACUUUACAACAUGCACAAUUCAAACCAACAGUGGUAUACAUUUAAUUUGAUUAUUCUUAGUUUAUCAUAUUUACACACAAUACACAGGUUUUUCUACAUAGAGUAUAUCUGGUGGGUGGAAAGGGAGGCCUUCCACAGUGUGGUGUUUGAUCUUUAUGCUCUGUUGCAGAUCUGUAAUUCACACAAUGUAAAUCCUGUGGACAGCAAAACCAGUUGACAGCAGAAUGGUAAAGGCAAACUUCAAUACUCUGGAUGGAUGUGUGCAGGGGAUUACCAUAAACCCACUAUAAGUAGUCCUUUCUUGACUGGAAGAACCCUGAUUAAAAGAAAAGAUCAGUUUGUGUCAUUCUUUUGUCUUUUAUAUUAUGUUUGUUGUGUAGAAAAUAUUUCACCUUUUAUUUUCAUUGUUUUUUUGUUUGU